AUGCUAUGCUGGCGUUUCGAUAUCCUCGGUGAUAUCCAGGAUAAGUCGUGGUGUCAUCUUCAAGAAAUGUCGAAUAGCUGUGUCACACGUUACACUGCUGGUGCAUCUGAUAAUGAAAUAUUGGUUAAGAUGCCAGAGGAAAAGAGGACAUUAAGGAGAUCUGAUGAAAUUCGAACGAUACAUUUGAGGAUAUUAUUGGUUGGAAGAUGGAAAGCGGUAGAGAAGAUGGAGAAGCAAGCACCUCUCCAGCAACCAUUUUAUCUCUUCCUCAGUUGGUACCCACCACAUCCAUUUCAUCAAAUCGAUUUUCAGUUCAUGUUCCUUUGGGAUGGAAGACUUUUCAAGGCCUGUGUAAAUUCAUGA